AUGUCAGAAACCGCAGGAAAAACAAUUACAUGUAAAGCCGCCGUUGCUUGGGAGGCCAAGAAGCCAUUGAGCAUAGAGACUAUUGAAGUUGCACCACCCAAGGCUCACGAAGUGCGUAUCAAGAUUUACGACACUGGUGUUUGUCACACUGACGCAUACACCUUGAGUGGAUCUGACCCAGAAGGUGCAUUCCCAGUCAUCUUGGGACACGAAGGUGCAGGUGUUGUUGAAUCUGUUGGUGAAGGUGUCACCAACGUUAAGCCAGGUGACCAUGUUAUUGCCUUGUACACACCAGAGUGUGGGGAGUGUAAGUUCUGUAAGAGUGGCAAGACCAACUUGUGUGGUAAAAUCAGAGCUACCCAGGGUAAAGGUGUUAUGCCUGAUGGCACAUCCAGAUUCACCUGUAAAGGUAAAGAAUUAUUACAUUUCAUGGGUGUCUCAACCUUCUCGCAAUACACUGUUGUGGCUGACAUUUCAGUUGUUGCUAUUGACCCUAAGGCACCAUUUGACAAGGCUUGUUUGUUAGGUUGUGGUAUCACUACAGGUUAUGGUGCUGCCACCAUCACUGCCAAUGUCCAAAAAGGUGACAAUGUCGCAGUCUUUGGUGCAGGAUGUGUUGGUUUGUCCGUUGUUCAAGGUUGUAAGGAAAGACAAGCAAAUCAAAUCAUUGUUGUGGAUAUCAGCAACAAGAAGAAGGAGUGGGCUGAAAAGUUUGGAGCCACUGCUUUUGUCAACCCAACAGAAUUACCAGAAGGCACCUCGAUUGUGGAUAAGUUGAUUGAAAUGACCGAUGGUGGAUGUGACUACACUUUUGACUGUACCGGUAACGUUGAUGUUAUGAGAAACGCGUUGGAAGCAUGUCACAAAGGUUGGGGUACAUCCAUCAUCAUUGGUGUUGCUGCUGCUGGCAAAGAAAUUUCCACCAGACCAUUCCAAUUGGUCACUGGUAGAGUAUGGAAAGGUGCUGCAUUCGGUGGUGUUAAAGGUAGAUCACAAUUGCCAGGAAUCGUUGACGAUUACAUGCAAGGUAAAUUGAAGGUUGAGGAAUUCAUUACUCACAACCACGAUUUGGAAGGAAUAAACACUGCUUUUGAUGACAUGCACAAGGGUGACUGUAUCAGAGCAGUUGUUAAAAUGUGA